AUGGUGACGUGGAGUGGUGGAAGUCGUUCGGCGGAGGAAAUUCUCCAGAUUGCUUUCAGCAGCGAUGUUGAAAGGAACCAUCUUGACGAUGAGGAUUUUUCACUGGACGGGAACGUGGUGCAGGAGAUCCAGCAGGUGUUCGACUCCUGGAUUACCCAAGUGAUCCGGCUUUACAAAGGCUUGGACCUCAUCGAGUUCGAGUGGAUGACGGGGUCCUAUGGCAAAGAAAGGAACAGACAACUGGAAAACUACAGGUUCACAGUACUACCCGUCGUGUCUUGGGUGUACAUCAAGGACGUGGUCCGAAACAUGCAAAUGACUGUCCUACCUGACUCAUCACAGGGCACGGCCAGCCUUCAUGACGGAGAGAUUGAGCUCAUGGUUCACCGCCGGCUGGUGGAAGACGACGGCUGCGGGCUCGGGGAGGCGCUGAACGACACGUCAGUGGUGCGCGGCCGUCACUGGGUUCACCUCGGCACUUCUGGCUGGCCCCGCAUGCGCCAGCAGGCGCUCCAGCUCGUCUACGCGCCCGUACUCUCGUACUACAAGCUGGGCAGGGAGUCACUCGAUGGCAUGCUCGUCACAGGAAACUUCUCAGGGCUGCGGGAAGAACUGCCUGACAACGCGCACCUGCUGACAUUGGAGGCAGUCUCAGCGUCACGGAUCCUGAUCAGGCUCGAACACAUCAACAUCGACAAGAACGACAAGGAUGCCAAUGACAAGCUCAUCUCUAUCACGCAUCUGCUGAGGAGCAACCAACUGGAGGACGUGCACGAGGCGAGCCUGUCGGGACACAUGCUUCUGGACGAGAUGCGGAGACUACAAUGGCGGCAGACACAGACGUCCGGCGGCCCAUCGGGCACCAUUGGCGGCUCCGGCGUCGUUCGCGAACAAGACAACUACUCGGUACAGCUGUCGGAUGGCCGCAUCAGGACCUUCUAUGCAUCCCUAUCCCCCAAGACGCGCUAAGAGAACGGUCGUGACGGCGCUGUUUCGUUUGCUCAUCUCUAAUAAAGGCCUCAACUGGCAGCUCGGUAACUCUUCCCAGUGGUGCU